CCACAGAGUGCCGGCAGUUCAGUGUGGUUUAGGUGAAACUGCAUUAUGACUUUCUGCGUGCUGCAGUAAAGGAGGGGAGGGGGGGGGGACGACCGUUUCCUUAAUGCAGCCGGAGGAAUGGUGCUGAAGGAUUAGUUAAGGACAGACCGCCGAUGGGAACUUGAAAGAUAGCGGGCAAUCUGGAGCCGAUCCAAGCGUUGACUCUGUAGGACCACACAUGCACAAAACAGCUGAACUCCUAGUUUAAGGGCAGGGGAAAGAUGAACUCCCAGCACAGAUUCAUAUUUUAAUAUUGCAAACCCCUUGCCUUGCCUGCAUACCAAUAACAUGCAUUGUCCCCCAAGUGCUGCUGUUUGUUUUGGGUGACACCUGUAGACACUGGAAUACCAAAACUCAAUACAAGCUGAGAUACUGAAGAGCAGCCACUGCAGCCUGUGACAGUGCCAGCCUCCAUGUCUGCCCCGGCCAGCAGAAGGACUUCCACUGGAUCCCGCAGAUUCAACCCUCUGAAGGCUCUGCAGCCGAAACGUCGCUUGCAACAAAUGUUGUCUUCCCCUUCAACACGGCAGACUGUUCCGGUCAGUCCAGGGAUCCGGGACCCCGGCUGCACCUCCUCCCUGAGCAGCAGCAGCAAUUCUGGAUCCUGCAAGGGCAGUGAUAGCAGCCCCACCCCCAGACGGCACAUCAGGUAUGCGUCGUGCAGCGAUAAUCAUGGGAUCAAGCCUCCCACCCCAGAGCAGUAUCUGACCCCUCUGCAGCAGAAGGAGGUCUGCAUUCGGCAUCUGAGAGCCACACUGAAAGAGACCAUGGACAAAGCACAGGAGAGGGAUUCGGAGAUCGAGGACCUGAAGACGCAGCUGUCCCGGAUGCAGGAGGACUGGAUCGAGGAGGAGUGCCACCGUGUGGAGGCGCAGCUGGCGCUCAAGGAGGCCCGCAAGGAGAUCAAGCAGCUGAAGCAGGUAAUUGACAACGUCCGGAGCAACCUAACUGACAAGGACAAGGGCAUCCACGAAUACUUUGUGGAGAUCAACAGCCAGAACAAGAAACUGGAGACCCUGCUGCAAUGCAUGGAGCUGGCACAGAACGACUCCCCCAGGGAGGAGGGAGCAGGGGGCUUGAUCCUUGAGUCCGCAGGGGGGUCCCCGGCCAGAUCCCUUACCCGCAGCUCCACCUACACCAAGCUGAGCGACCAGGCGGGUGCGGAGAAGGGCACCGACUUUCCCAGCUUUUCGGCGGAGGAGACCAUGGAUAGCGGCUUUGUCGGUGGCGAGAGUGGCAACAGCAGGACAGAGCUCCAGGAGCCGGGCUUCUUAUCUGAGGAUGUCUCCCUUCUGACCACCUACACUGCAGGCUCCAGGCUCCCCCAGAGCUCCACCUACGAGAAGCUGGCGAGCUGCCUGAGCAGCAUGGAGAUGGGCAGCAGCAGCAAUAACGACCAGCUCUUCCAGGAGAUGAAGGAGCAAGCCAUCCAGACAGACUUCAUCCAGUACAACCCUGACCUGGACUCCAUCAUGGAGAAGGUGAUGAAGUCUCAGGCCUGCAGCCCCACCUCCACUUGGCUCUCCGAAGCCAAGGAUAUGGACCUGGUUCAUUUCGACCACCACUAUGCCUGUGCGGUGGACCUGGCUCCUAGUAACCCCAACGCAGUAAUCGCAGUGACUGGUAUUGAAGGGGUCAUCGCUGAACCUACAGUGCUGCAGCCCACAAGUGCCAGGGGGCAACAGACUACCGUAGACACCCUGGAGAUGGUGGAAGUAGUGGGUGAUGAAGGGGAGGAGGGGGGGGAGGACAGUGAAGCCUCUGCAGAAAUGAGCACCCAGAAGAGCUACUGGAGCCGCCACUUUUUGGUGGACCUGCUGGCCGUGGCGGUACCUGUGGUGCCCACCGUGGCCUGGCUGUGCCGUGGGCCGCGUCAGGAGGGCCAGCCGGUCUACAAUAUCAGCUCUCUGCUGCGCGGCUGCUGCACCGUGGCCCUGCACUCCAUCCGCAAGAUCAGCGGCGGCCGCCCCGGUAACAGGGGUACCCAGAUCUGAUCUGAUCACUGACGCCCACCUCCUCCAGCACUGCACUGAGACACCCAGACUGACAACAUGCAUUGUUUAGACACUGACUGUAGCUUCUGCUGUAGCACGGUGGGGUUGGGUCAGUUAUCACUUGGGUUUAUAGUAAAACAAUGAGCAACAUGUGGAAGCAGAGCCUUCAGUUACAGCUGAAAUCUGAAGACCUUUAGCCUUCAGGUGUGCAAAAAAUGGCAUAUCUAUAUAGGAAUCUGUUUGUGCAAAACAAUUGAAUUGUGUGGGUAUUUACUGUUUAAUACACUGUCAUCCAGUUUCACAGACCCUGAUUAGCACUAAUCUGAGUAGCAUGAUUAGUCCUGAUCUGAGUCAAUGAAAACAGUCAUGGAUGCACUGUGUAUAUAGAUAUUUUACGUGUAAUAUAUAAAUAUUAAAAAUAUAUAUAUAAAUAUUAGGAGGUAAAGUAAAUCCAUGUGCACACACAGCUCAGUUAAAAACCCAGAAAUGUAUCUUUUUAAAUGCAAAGCCCAUGUUCAGUCUGUGGAAAGAUGAGACCACCGGAGUGGGAUUCCAAGAAGCCUUUUUUAUUUCUCUGACUCUGGCUCUGCUGUUGUUACACCUGCAGUUGUGUUUUCUCACUGAAAUUAGCUUUCUCUAUUGCAACCAGUUGAGUUUCCUCUUGCAUAUCUGGGCUUGUCCUUACUUACGUAAAAUCAAAUGUCUAUCGAAUAAGUAAAGCCCCUAAUUAAAAAAAAAAAAAAAAAAAGAAAAAAAAAAAAAUUAUUUUGGAAAUACCAAAUCUCGUUAUUUGAAAUAUGUUCCUUUUUUUAUUUGCACUAUUGUUCACUUUAAGACAUUAUUACUUGAAUUUUUGAUUGCUUUGCAUGUCUCAACAUAGAUGCUUAUACUGGUGAAAGUAAAAGGUUACGAGUUACUAAUUAUAAAUGCUGUAGAACGGUCUGGUAAAAUAGAUGCAUAGAACACACUGAAUAAGUGCAUUGAUUUAUUUUUUUUGUAUCCAAUUGCACAGAAUAUUUAAUCCAAGCUGUUGGGAUUUUAUCUAGACCCCAGUGUAUUUUGCAGCGUUAUCCUCACUCUCUUUCUAAAUAUAUACAUUGCCUUUUGUCAUUUUUAUUUUCUGGAUCUGUGCAGCAUUGGCUUUGUUAAAGCUUGACAAUGUUGUGCUGGCGUUGUGUAGAUUCUGGUGGGAAUGGCCGCAUUCUUUAUUAUUUUCUAGUCUGCCAAAAAGUUCUACCCCGUUUAAACUUCACGUAAGAUGCUCUAGGAUGUGUGCUGAAAGCAGUUUGCUUUCAGCACGUAAUUAAAACAAAUAAUGAAAUCGAUGCGUUGAUUUUCAUAUAAAAAUGCAGUACGAACCUAAUCAUCGGGGCUCACUUACAAGUGCACUCGUUAGAAUAUGCACCUGGGAAUUGCAUUUAAGUGUGUCUAGGUUGCUGAAAGGUUUUGCAUUGGAAGAAAGAUGUUUUUUUUUGUUUGUUUUUGUGGUUGAUCGUUUUGAAGGGUUAAGUACUAACCUGUGCUGGGCAAGGGGAAGCAGAGUGGUACAAAGUUGGGUGUGUUUUCCCCAGUGCUGUAAAAAGCUAUACAAAAAAAUUCAGCUCUAUCUUAGCCCAGCAGAGGAUAGGUUGGUCAGGUUAACCCCUGUGCAAUUGAAUCAUGUUCGGGUCAAUGGAUUAAUAGUGUGUUUUAAUACUCGCAGUAUGAGAUAUGUUCUGCCGCCUUUAUAAAAGUGACAAAGCCAUGGGCACUACAGUUCACAAAAUGUCAAGCUGCUUUGCGAAAUGUUGUUUCGUAGUCUGUGAUAUAAGUGGAAAGUUUUUAAAAGCUUCAAUAACCAAAGCCUUGCUCCUUACCAGGUACUGCACUGAAUGCUUUGUCUUUUCUGGGGCAGCCCCGUGCAAUGACCAUCAUUUAAGGAAGGGAAUGUUAAUCAUUCUGAAGGAAACUGGAACAUUUUGACCACCAGGUGGCACUGUGCACAAAUUAAAAUCACAUUUAAAAAUAAAUUUAUAUUUAAAAGAUGGAGGAUUAAGCAGUAGAAAUAAUACUAAUAAAAAAUAAAAAAAGAAUCUGCACCCUUUUUUGACUGUAAAGCUAUAAUCCAUUAGCAUGGAUUGAUGGAUGCAGAAAUGAAGUUGAGUUUAUAAGGUUUUAUUAGAUGAGGGAUGGGUGGUAGAAGCCAGCCAGAUAGUUCAGGAACAGCAGGUUGUUUGAGUAUAGCACGUAGGCUUCUUGAUUAUGUGCUGGAGAGCAAUUGAGGCCUCUGCUGGAAUGGAGGAUACUGGGUUCAGAAAUAAUUCAGUGAAUCUUUUAAGUGUCCCUUGUUAUUAAUAGAAACAUAGCACCAUGUUGAAACCAUUGACCUGUCUGCAUAUCUCUAGUAGGUCACUUGGUUUCUAAUGGCAGUGAUACUGCUGCAAACAAUUCAGGUUGGUAACACCGUUAUCAGAUGGUCAAUGGGGCUUGGAUCUUACUGCUUCAGAGGGAAUUCAGCCGGUAGACACAUAUAUCAUUGCAAAGCCUGUUCCUGUUCAAUUCUAUUUCCAGUUCCUUUGAAGGAAUUGCUAUUAAUGACUAAAAUAAUUGUUGUGAUUGUUCAGCUGCUUUCAUAUGAAGCCAAUUCAAUUGACUAACAGUGACUUCAAUUGAAGUAUUUUGUUGCCACUGUGAGAAGAUCCUUUCAACAGAAUACUGCUUUCUGCAAUUCUGAUCAGUGUGUUGGAAUUGGUUUUAAAAAGGAAUCUGUCCUAUCCCUAGUCUUGUGAAUGUAUCAAGGAGUUGCUUCCUGUAGAAGCCAUGUCAUAACUUGGUUGCUGAUUUACUGUUCCUGUUUUAAAUCGUUCUUGCUAUUUCAUUUAAAGGUGGUUUAAACGAGAUGAGCGCGGUUCUGCACAUCAUAACAAUGAUGUUGUUUAAGGGCAAGCUGUUGUUUUGUUGUUUUUGUUUUGGACACAACCAAUGUUCUCUUCUGAAUGUGUUUGUCUGGUUCCUUCGCACUACUUGUUGACAGUUAGCUGGUGUACAGACCCCCUGGCCAGAGAUUGGAUGGGAAGGGAGCCUGCAUUUUCAUUCCUCUGGAUUAUAGGUACAGCUUUUAAAUCUAGGCCUAGGUGUUGAAACAUGCAGGGGAAUCUAUUCUGGAACAGAAAGGGUCCAGAUUCAUAUUUCCAGAGAGCAAGGAGCCCCUAAUCUACCUGACUAAAAGUGGUUUGUUUGGAUGUUAGUGUUAACAUCUGCUUGUUUUCCCAGAUAGCACCUUAAUUGUAAUUUCCUUCCAUCCACAUAUUGGGAUUGGGAAAACAAUCACAAAAAAAAUAAAACAGAACCGACCAGUUCUGAUAUCACAAAGGGAUAAGGACUCUCCUUCAAUAAAUCCUUACCAACGUAACUCGGUGCUCUUUUGUUCAGGGGGCUGAAUUAAAUUAAAAUGUUUUUGAUAGCAUGUCUUACCCUGCUGGUUUCAAAACCCUGAUUUAUAUUCUGAAUCCUAGAUGACUUUGCCUAAGGUAAGGUUUAGUUGGGUAUUGCACAGGGAAGAGGAUUUUAAUUGGGACUCCACUCCCUCACGCUGCUUAUCUGAGCGCUGUCGUGUUUAGGGUGUAACAUUAUCAGGUCCAACGUCUUUCAUUGUCUGGUACAAUAACUAUAACCUACAGGGCCAUGUGGUGUUUGUGUGUGUGUGUGUGUGUGUGUAAGCGAGAUGGUCCAUUUAAUCACUGCCUUUGUCUGUGGAACAAGCAUUUGUGUUAACUGUCAAUGGAAACAGGUGCGGGGAUAAAUAAGUACAGCUAAUGUCUGUUAAAUAAAGGUAUUGCAAUAUUUGUUCAUUUUUUUUUGUACUGUUUACUUCACCAUACGGUAUAGAAACCAAAAGCCUAUAUUUUUAACGGCAUGUGAAACUCCUGAGUAUUGAGGUGGAUAACACACACUCGCACAAUAGGAUAAUGUCAAAUUUGCAUCUUGGCAGUUUUACUCACACACAUCUAAACCACUUUCGUUUCUGUCUCCUUGUGACCUUGAGCUAUAAUGUGUAAAUAACAAAUCAUUGUAAUAAUGCAUGUUACCCACGCCUGGCACAGGUUGCCUGCAGCAAUGCGUCUGAUAGCUGAAGAACCACUUUGUCAUUUUCCCACAGGUAUGCCAUUUCCAGAGUGAUAAUCUCAUUGGCACUUUGCUGUUUUGUAAUUGUAUGUGUUUGGGUCUUACUGGUGCCAGUAAGACGGGGGGUAAGUCUACCUGGGUAAUUACUGCUUACUCUGGAGCUUCCCUUUACAAGUUGGAAGACAGACUUAGCAAAAAUAGGAUUCAGUUAAAGAAAUGAUACAGCACUUUAUUCUUUUUUGUUUGCAGAUUAUAUUGAAUAGAGAUCAGAUAGAUUCUAAUAUUAUAAUGGCAUAUCUGAAAGUGUUUCAUUUGGUUCAUUACUGGUUAUUUCACAAUACAUUUCUAAAACACAAAAGAAAAAACUACAAUCUAGUUAUAAUCCGUAUUCACGGCUAACAAAAACUACACUUCCUCAAAACGAUUAAACAGUGGAGAAACUAUGCAUCUUAGUUGUGCUGAAGUAGAUGAAAUGAGUCGGAUAAGAUACGAACUCUGCAGCUAGUUCGGUCCUCUAUUGUGCAGCAGAGAUGUUUUUACAUCAUCUCAGAUUUCUAUGACUUGUUACCUGAAAAAGGAGCCAGGCACCCAAAAUAGGAACGGACACAGCAUGGCAAAUAUCAAUCCAAGCUAGCAGUCUACUCACAAUCAGUCAUGGGUUAUUUUUGCUCUCCAUUUUAAAACCUGUGGCUUGAAGUCUUGGGUCCUACCUGGCCAACUUGGACUAGCUUGUGAGCAAGAAGAGAAGGUUGUUCUUCUUGGAGCCAGCUUACUAUUCUUUCAGUUACCACUCAAACUGAAGCAUGCCCUGCAAGUGACUAUACCUGGAAUAUGGGACUAUGCUUGAAAACACAUUGCAUGGUUAAUAAAAGUAGAUAAAAAAAAAAAAAAAAAA